UCGAGGAUCCUCGCGGCCUGCAGCGCUGACAGAAGCGUUUCCUGGGAUCUGGUGGACCCCUUCUCCUCAUCACUCCCUGAGAGUUGCCCAAGCUCGAUGUUCCAGGUUUGGGUCGCGUCGAGGUACUGGCUUCGAUCUGGAAAGUAUCGCAAGUCGCCGAGGAGUCAGGACGGGACACUCUCGAAGCUUGGAAGAAGAUUCCCUCGGGCGCACACAAAGGGACUGCGUCGUCCCUCGUCCGUUCUGUUGUUCCCAUGAGUAUCGUGCUCUCGACCAAUUCAGGCCCUACAAACGCCAUCUUCGGAAACCUUUUCGUUGACAUAUGGGUAACUCGAGUCCUUCGGUCGCAUCCAUCUCGCCAUCGGAACUUUCCCCACGGUUUCGGCCACUCUCCCCGCUCAUCCGGUUUUGACCCCCAGGGUACCUCGAUAGGGUAAGUGACGUCGUCAGGAAUAUGUCAGUGCCUGAGGUGAGGUAGCGUCGGGAAGCCACCAGCUAGCUAAAGCUUGAGGCGGCAACCAGAAAGAUACCCCGCCCCCUCCAUCGCCAGAACAUAAAGGGCCUGUUCCCGUCUGUCAUUGCGAACCAGUGUCGUUCUUAUCAAAGCCCGCUGCACUCCAUUGUCUGCCAACAAGUCAGAAUCAUACUUCUCCAAAUCAUAGAGACGAAAAGAAACUUUUCGGUUCUUUAACCUCCUGUUCAACAUGCCUCUCACUGGACACUGCCUCUGCAAGGCCGUCACCUACAAGGUUGACGUCGACGCCCCGCUCCUCACCGGCUAUGACCACUGCGACGAUUGCCAACGCCAGAGUGGCUCAACGUACUCCCUCGUCGCUGUUGUCCCCAAGGACAAGCUUACCAUCAACGGUCCCACCAAGAGCUGGGCUGGCAAGGGCUCCUCGGGCAAAGACGUCCACCGCAUUUUUUGCUCUGAGUGUGGCUCCCCGAUCGCCCACGACCCCGAUGCGGCUCCCGAGAUCAUCGCUCUCAAGGCGGGUACCCUCGAUACCGAGAUCAAGAAGAACCUGAAGCCCGACACCGAGAUUUGGACCGUGGGAAAGCUGCCGUUCUGCCAGGAGAAGCUGGCCAAGCCGUUCGAGCACAUGCCUCAGUAAAUUGGUCGUGCAAGCCGAGUGUUGAAAUUUUUGAAUAAUGGACGGAAUGCAAUACCCAGGUUCGGGACAGGAGGGUUCGGCAUCCAACUUAAAUGCUGCAUUCGAGGGGACGGGCCGGGCUAGGAUGACCAUGCGUGGAGGGUUGCCCGUGUAGGUGGGCUGGCGUGAGAACCUGGAGGGUUAUGAGGUAUGAUGGAGAACUGGAGCCGGCGACGCAAACAAGAUUGACCCACGUCCAUCGUUACCCAAGUACCACACCUUGCCUCUGACAUUGGCCAAGGAAGCAGUUUGCCAACACUGAAUAGGAGUUGUUCCAAUGAGUUCGUCC